UAAUAAUGGCGAUAAAGUGUAAAUACAUCGAAAAAAGUUUGUAAAAAUGAAAAUACACUGAAAAAACUUUAAUUUUCAGACACUAUGUAUCCAACCAAAGCGGUUAUGGAUUACAUGUCUGAAAUGAACCGACUUUUUCCAAGGAACGAGAUAAACGAUGUAUACCGGCCCAGCCACACUCUAUCUCCAUUCACGCAGACUACUCCAGUCAAGUCUUCAAGUUCUACGGAAUCCACCCCGCCUGACAUCUACCCUGAGAUUACACCCACGCCACGUGAUUACGAUACACCGUACAUAGUCCGACGCCAACGUCCAAUUAUUGGCCGCCGACUCAUGACUGACACACCAACAUUGGACCAAACACCAAAGUCUCCCAAAAGCAAUGACUACAACAUUUGGCAGUACGAUGAGACAUUACAAAACUAUGCAGAGCAAAGAUCGAGAGCCUUCUACGAGCUUUUCCCGUCUGAGAAAAAAGUGUUCGAAUUUCAAACUCCUGUCAAAAAUCCUGACUGGAAUGUCUCUCCAAAUAAACUCACAGUGUCUCCAUCAAGCAUUCCAAAUUUAAAUUUAACUCCAUACUCACCUUCGCCUUGUAAUAUCAGCACUCCAGUGUACAUUCCCAGCACUUCUAAGUACCCUGAUAGGCCUAAAGUGUGUACUUUUUGCCGCAAGAAUGGGGAGACACCACUAGUGUAUACAACACACACUGUUAAGCAAAUGGUAGGUGAGAAGAAUAUAGUGUCGUGUCCGAUACUACGGUCUCAUGUAUGCUCUACUUGCGGCGCUUCGGGAGACGACGCUCAUACUAUCACAUACUGUCCAGUGCUGCGCAGCUCCAACAAUGGAUGUCCACUGCAGUCCACCACCAUCACAUUGAAGAACACCAGGGUCAAAAGCAAUGGUAAGAGAAGAUAUUGAGGGGUGAUGGGUUAUCCGCAACUAUUUUGCAUUAUAUGCACAACAUAGAUGUCAAAUCUACAGCCAUUCGAAAUAUUGUGCAGUGAAGCAGUUACCAUAGUGCAAGUACUUGCAUGUAUGACGUAACAUUUGCAAUCAGAGUUACAAAAUUGCAACUAAUAUAAUAAAUUUUUAAUUGAAAAGUACUUAAUCACAUUUAUGGACAGUUGCUUAUUAAAAAAAUAACCAAAAAAAUAUCUAUUCACCAAGGGUACCUACACUAGACUGACUAUGCCAGUACCUUGGGAUACCAUUAAAAAUAAAAUCAUAUAAUUUGAUACUAAGAAAACAAAAUUAUUGACAUUCAUGUUUACUUUCCACUUAUGUUAUAAAGUCCUGACAUAUAUGCAACUUGCAUUAUGGAAGCUAGAUUUUGCUUACAUGCAUCUUGAUGGUUUGCUUUAGGUGUGCAAUCUCUUCAAUUUUAUCCUAAAAGGAUCAUUUUGACAUUGCUUUAAUAAACGAAAACAUAUACUUAUUUUUACUCUUGUUGACAUGCUAAAAAUCAUCCAUAAAGUAUAUUUACACCAAAAAAGUAAGUUUACUUUUCUGAUUUUUAAUCUUUUAGUUUAGAGUGAAUAUUCCGUGCGCGUGAGAGUAUUUCUGACCGAUAAGGUAAUGUUGCUGCUAUAUUCUCUUAGUAGUGGCAUUAGGGCGUGUUGAAGUUACUUAUUAUUGAUAUUUAAUUUGUUAAACUUAAACUUUUAUUCCACAUCUAAUAUUAGGAGUAACAAUUAGUAUUAUUUGUAAAGAAGAAGUAUAUGGUUUCAUUUAUUAAUACUAUAUCAAAAUGACCCUAUAUACAUCAUAAGGUUGCUUUUGAUCUGUUAUGAUAACAAUUUAUAUUGUACUGCAUGCGGUGAUCAUUUACAAAAAUGGCAUAAUAAUUCUCAUUAGAAUAGUUGUUUGCUAUCAUUUAUCUAAAGUUAAGGGCAUUCCAAACAUUUGCUUUCAAAUUUGACAUGUUUUCGACUCCCUUUAAUACAGGCAAUGGUGAUGUUAGUAUUAUGCACAUAUUAAUUCAAGUAAUAUUAAUUGGUUUGAUUUUAUGUUUUUUUUAGAAUGCAUGGUUUAAAAUAUUUUUUAAAUAAGGUUACAUAUUAAUUAAAAUGGUAUAGAGGAAUAUUGACUGAUAAUUUUAGGAAUAAUAAGUACCUGUACAAUGCAGGCAUAGAUCUAAGGGAGACGGGCGGGGGUCACGGCCCACGAAUAUUAGAGCCACGUGACAAUUGUCCCACAGUAUUAAAUAGAAAUUAUAGUAACAACCUCUUCCCAUGUUGGGUAAUUUUGUUACAAAUUAUUGAAGUAAGAUUAGUUUUAAGGACAUUUUUAUAGCUUUGACCAUGUGUAAUUUUGGACUGUUUUUUUACUUUAAUCAUGUUUAUGUUUUCUGACAACCUAGAUAUCAAUCAUGACUAAUCUUAUUACUGAUAAAUGGCAUAACUUUACCGCUCGAUAUGACGAUAGAAGAAAAGCAUGCAUAGAUUUUCUUUUUAAUGUAUCAUCUAUAAGUUAUAUAUCACAUUAAUUAACAAAAAAAAAAACAAUUUAACUAUCUCAAUCGCUAUCUUAGAAUCGAUCCUGAGAACAAUAAGUUUUAAAUCAAUAAUGACGAAAAACAAUAAUGAUUAUCAAACCAAUCUAAACUAGUUAUCUGUAUGUCAAACUUAUUCAGGUUGGCGUGGUUCGAUUGGCAUGUUAAACACUUAUUCUGCAUGGUUAAUUUUUACGAUCGAUCCGAAGAAAGCCGUUAUUUGAAAGCGCAAAGUACAAUAACCAAUGUUAGUGUUACAAUGGGUAGUCAGUCCAUUUACCGUCACUUGUUAUCAGCGCUCAAUUUAUGUGGUAAUUGGUCUUACAUGAUUGCUCAUUCAUUCAAGUUUGGUACCUAUGUAUAAUUUGAUACAUUUGACAAAUACAGUUAACAAUACCCAAGUAUUUUGACUAGAAUUUUUAAAAAUUAUAAAUGUAGACUUAUUACAAAUUGUGUUUGGAUUUUAUUAUAUUUGACAAAUUAUGAUCGUAACAAUUUUUAGAAAUCAUGUUUAAAUAUGAGACUGAAUAACGUAUCAACGUAAUUACUUACAUAGUAUUCUGCAAUAUAAAAUAAAGAUACAUUAGUACAAUAACAGACAUACUAUUAAAAAACUGAGAUUUCAACAUAGCUUAUAAUUAAAAUUUCUUUGUAUAUAAUUUUCUAUUUCUUUUUAUUUUAAAUAACUGUAUCUACCUGUAAGGUAGCAAAAAAGAAACUAUAUAGUAUUUAAGUUAUUUUUUAUUAUGCACCUUUAGAUUUGUAUAUCUAUCGAAACAUUUUUGAUUUUGCAAACAGAUUACGUUUUGGAAUAAUGAGCGUACAGGAUACUUCACUGCUUCCUUAAUAGUAGAAGAUAAAGAGUUUCAAAUAUAUAUGUAUUUUAGUAAUUUUAGAAUUACAUUUUACACGAAUUCCUGCCACAGAAGAGGCAGAAUAAACGAAAAAAUUGUUCUUCUUGCCUGUAUUUUAUCAAAGCAAUACACUUAAUAGAUUUUUUUAUUUAUGAUUGAAGGAACUUUGUGUAAAAUAAGUUAUAAUGAUUUACUGUAAGCAAUAUGGUUGUGUACUAAGUUUCGUAAUGCUUCUUAGAAAGCCUAUAUAAAAAAAAUAUGUCAUUCAGGUUUGAUCAUGUUAAAUUAUUUGUUUAUUCCAUUAUUGAUUUGUAAUAUGAAUUAAAUUAAAAUACAAAACUCCAGUUCAGUAUUUUAACUAUAUUGGCAACGCAAGUUUUUAAGAAAAUAAUUACUUUGCAUUAAAUUUUGCAUGAGCAAACAUUAAAAUGGAAAUUAGAUACAAUUUUCAAUUUUAAUCUAAACAAUAUUUGGAAGGUUUAUUCGACUUCUCAUUAACAAUUUUUAACACUAAUUUCGAAAUUGUUAAUAAUUUCGGAAUCAUUUAAUGAUUCAAUGGUUUAACAAAAUAUUUAAUAUAAUUUCUUCAGUUACAAUACUACAACAUUUGUAACAAUAAUGUUUUUAAAUAUUUGAUUGUAUGAAAUAUGUAUAUGUGGCGAAACACAAAACAUGAUAGUUAAAGUUAUCUUUAAUGUGAUGUUUAAAAAAGUGGUUAUUUGCUAAUAAUUGAUUACAAAAAUGUUUUUAAGAAACAUUGAUUGUGUAGAACACAUGAUUUAUAUUUUCUUAAAUAUUUAUGAUAGCAUUUUAUGAAGAUAUAUGUACGUACUAAGCAUUGUUUGGGGGGCUAAACUACGUACGCCAAUAAACCUCACAAUUAAGGGUUAUUAAGUAAAAAAGUAUUCUGCGCCUAUAAGUAAAAAAAAAGAAAUGAAUAAAAUUUUUAGUUUACUCAAAUGAAUUUGGCCUUAUUUGAUUUUUCUGCUAAUAAAGUAUUAUAUUCUUUUCGCUAAAGGAUACAUUGAGGCUACUUAAUUUUACCCCCCUAACUCUUCCUUAGUUCGUUCCUGUAAUAUGAUUAUGUUAUAAGUUUGAAUUACAAUUUGUAACGUACAUUAAAGUACUAUAUUUUUAAGUAACAUUUAUGAAUGUUUGCAUGAUUUUUAAUACACUAAUAAAACUAAUAUUUAUCUUUUAUUUAUGCUUUUUGGUGGUUGGAACUUGAAAUUCGAUUUCGAGCAUGUGAACUGAUUGAAACUAAAUUGCGUAUAAAUUUUUACCCUGGCCCUAAUGUUUUUCUUUUGCAUUAGUAUACAUGAUAAUUUUUAUCAGACAUUGCUAAAGGCAAUAUUUAUUUAUACGUAUAACAGUUACAGUACUAAAUCGAUGUUAAAACAAAUUAGAUACUAAUUUGUUUUUUAUAUGCUGAGCUACUUCUGUAAAUUCCUGCAAGUUGCAAACAAACAUAUCAAAAUUCU